AUGCCACCUGUCCCGGACUCGAGCGCCGACCCUGGAAAGGUCGGCAACUUGCCACCUGUCCUGAACCCGGAGGCUGAUCCCUCUUACCCUGAGGUCAUGGAGAUUGACACGAACCCAGCAGAGGGGCCUGACCCCCCGCUUGACUGGAGAGCCCCGUACCUCGACUACCUCAUCCGCGAGUUGCUCCUAACAAACAAGACGGAGGCACGAAGAAUUGCAUGCCGUGCCAAAUCCUUCGUCAUUGUCGACCAGGAGCUAUACAAGUGGAGUCACACUAGCAUCCUCCAGCGCUGCAUCCUGAUCGAGCAGGGAAAGGAGUUGAUACAGGACAUCCACACCGGGGCCUGCUGUCACCAUGCCGCACCAAGAACCCUCAUCGGGAACGCCUUCCGAUAG